AAAAGCAGACAGAACUCACAGCCAGUAUUAGAGCUUCCAUGAUCCAAGAUGAAAGCACCGCUGAUUAUCGCCUUUGUUUCUCCGCUGCUAUGCGUCUUGCAAAGUUACCCUGUCGAGGUUGAUUUAACACUGAAGUUUGAUCCAGAUGCUGCGGAUCAAGUUUGGAAAGUCAAGGAGAAACACCUUAAAAACGAGACAGAGCUCAAUGAUGACUCUAUGGACAUUUCCACCCUGCUGGAAAAAGCCAACGCUAACCUCGAUAAAACCCCCGAUGGAACAGUCAUUCGAUUUGGUGACAUUGCAGUCGAUCCCUUGGGAUCCACCAACGCCGACCCCUGCACUGCUCGUUCCUGCAAAUGGCCCUCAUCCUCGGAUGGGAAUGUGUACAUUCCAUUCAAACUGUCCAGUGCCUUCUCUGCAAGAGAGAAAGCGGUAAUCAUGAAAGCUCUGAGCGCUUUUGACCAGUCCACCUGCAUCCGAUUCAGACAGCACUCGAAAGAGCUUGAUUACCUCUUCGUUCAGUCGCUCUCCGGGUGUUAUUCCUAUAUAGGCAGACAAGGAGGGCAGCAGCCACUGUCCUUGAAAAGAAAUGGUUGUGUCUACCAUCAGAUUGUCCAACACGAGUUCAUACACGCUCUGGGGUUCAACCACGAACAGACUCGGAGUGACCGGGACAACCACGUAACAAUUCAAUACCAGAAUAUACAGCGAGGGAUGGAGUACAAUUUCAAUAGAGUGAAUACCAAUAACCUUGGCACGCCUUAUGAUUAUGACUCAGUGAUGCACUAUGGAAGGUAUGCCUUCUCAAGCAAUGGAAGACCAACUAUUGUGCCCAAACCUAACCCCAAUGUUUCAAUUGGAAGAGCCACUCAGUUCAGCCAAACGGAUAUUGAAAGAAUCAACAGGCUCUACAACUGCAAGAAAUACCUGGGAUUCAGCAACUAAGGAUCCAGCAACCUGACCCUGACCCUGACCCUGACCCUGACCCUAACCCUUAGCUGACUGAAGAAUGAUUGCUUUAAUUGCCGCAUAUUUGUUGUCUCUUCAGCAAUAAAUUCACAUCUUCAGUGGUA